CACCGACAAUCGUAAAUUAGAGCGCAGGUUAGACUAAGAAUUGCCUCUUUCCACACACAAUCCAGUGUGUGUACAAUUACAGCAUACACAAGUCACCGCUCGAGGCCCUUGUCCUGGUUAAAACCACCACAUCUUUGAUCGUCCACGAGCAAUUGUAUUUGGAGAGACGAUGAAGAUUGGAAUCAUAGGCUCGGGUUUUAUUGGCGGCGCUCUUGCGCUCAAGCUCAGUGCCGCUGGUCACCAGGUCAAGAUUGCCAACUCUCGCGCGCCCGAGACCAUUGACGCAAAAGCCCUCACAAGCGGAGCUACUGCCGUCUGGGCAAACGAGGCCGUUCGAGACGUCGAUGCCGUCAUUCUUUCUGUGCCGCUUGCGAAGAUCGGUUCCGUCGCUCCUCUUCUCGCCGAUCUCCCCAAGAAUGUAGCAGUCAUCGACACUUCGAACUACUACCCACAUCGGGACGGCAAAAUUGACGAGCUCGAAGCUGGGGAGAUUGAGUCGCUCUGGGUCUCCAAGCGACUUGGAAGGCCUCUCGUCAAAGCGUGGAACGCUAUUUACACUGCGUCGUUUGACACGCAGGGAAGACCAUCGAAUGCCGUCAAUCGAAUCGCGCUGCCGAUUGCGGCCGACAGCGAGAAGGAAUUCGACAUCGCGAGGGAGCUCGUGGACGCUACUGGCUUCGACGCCUAUUACUCGGGACCACUUUCCGAAUCAUGGCGCCAGCAGCCAGGAGCGCCCGUCUACUGCACCGACCUCUCGCGGGCAGAGUUGCCUAGCGCACUGGCCAGUGCUAAGAGGGAACGACUGCCAGAGCUACGAGACGCGACCAUCAGGGCCUUUGUAUCGCACAUGGAGAGCGAAGGUGGAGAGCUCACCUCUGAGUGGACUGUUGCGACUUUCCGGUCCAUCUCUGCAAGGCAAUGAACCAUAGUUUCCCUCUUCUUGUUCUUGUUCUCCAGGCCUGCUAAAAGGCGCAACGGGCUCUCGAGGCGGAGGCUGAGACUCGUUUGGUAGCCG